GACAGGUCAGAGGUCAGCAACUGUGACUCAGUUACUCCUAUUAAUGUGAACUCACUCAGUGUUUGUGGUUUACCUCUCAGACUGACUGAAGAUGAUGAUGGAGGAAGAGGAGGACAGAGCAGAGACUGCAGGAUCCAGCUGUCCGUCUGUGAGGAGUGACCGGUCCAAAGAUGUAACUCCACAUUUCAGUGGUGAACCUGGACCAAUGAGGAAAACUCUGAGAAGCAGGAAAAUUUGUGAUGAGAGAGGUCAGAGGUCACAGUCUGCAGGAUCCAGCUGUCCAUCUGUGAGGAGUGAGCGGUCCAAAGAUCAACCUCCACUCUUCAGUGCUGAACCUGGACCAACGAGAGUGGACCAGCAGAGCUCAGAGGUUCCCAGUGGUCAGUCUGCCCAGCAGCAUCAAACACAGCUGGACUCCAUAUUUAUGCUGCUGGAGGACAACAUCAUCACUUUUGUGAAGAACGAGAUGAAGAAGAUCCAGAAGGUUCUGAGUCCAGAUUACCCAGAAUGCUUAGAGAGUCAGAGGGAGGAUGACGAGCAGAGGAGCAGCAGCAGAAAGGCAAUUGUGAAGAUCACAGUGGACUUCCUGAGGAGAAUGAAGCAGGAGGAGCUGGCUGACCGUCUGCAGAGCAAACUUCCAGCUAGAGGACUGUACCAGGACAAGGUGUUCUGCUUCAUCCAUCUGAGUGUUCAGGAGUUUCUGGCUGCUCUUCAUGUCCAUCUGACCUUCUUCAACUCUGGACUCAAUCUGCUGGAAGGACAGCAAACAACAUCCAAGUGGUUUAAACGGUUUGGAAAACAAGAAUUACAGAAAAAAGACAAAUCUGCAGAGAAACUCUUCUACCAGAGUGCAUUGAACAAGGCCUUACAGAGUUCAAAUGGACACCUGGACUUGUUCCUCCGCUUCCUGCUGGGUCUUUCACUGCAGACCAAUCAGAAUCUCCUACGAGGUCUGCUGACACAGACAGGAAGUAGUUCACAGACCAAUCAGGAAACAGUCCAGUGCAUCAAGGAAACGCUCAGAACCAAUCUGUCUGCAGAGAAAAGCAUCAAUCUGUUCCACUGUCUGAAUGAACUGAAUGAUCGUUCUCUAGUGGAGGAGAUCCAACAGUCCCUGAGAUCAGGAAGUCUCUCCACAGACAAACUGUCUCCUGCUCAGUGGUCAGCUCUGGUCUUCAUCUUACUGUCAUCAGAAAAAGAUCUGGAUGUGUUUGACCUGAAGAAAUACUCUGCUUCAGAGGAAGCUCUUCUGAGGCUGCUGCCAGUGGUCAAAGCCUCCAACAAAGCUCUACUCAGUUUCUGUAACCUCUCCGAGAGAAGCUGUGAACCUCUGUCUUCAGUUCUCAGCUCCCAGUCCUCUAGUCUGAGAGAGCUGGACCUGAGUAAUAACAAGCUGAAGGAUUCCGGAGUGAAGCGUUUGUCUGCUGGGUUGAAGAGUCUACAUUUUAAACUGGAAACUCUAAGACUGAAUGGCUGUAACCUCUCACAGAGAAGUUGUGAAGCUCUAUCCUCCAUUAUCAGCUUCCAGUCCUCUCUUCUGAAAGAGCUGGACCUGAGUACCAAUGGCUUGCAGGAUUCGGGAAUAAAGAAGCUGUCUGUUGCAGCGGAGAGUCCAUAUUGUAAACUGGAAACUCUCAGACUGAGUGACUGUGAUCUCUCGGAGAGAAGCUGUGAAGCUUUGUCCUCAGUUCUCAGCUGUCAGUCCUGUAGUCUGAGAGAGCUGGACCUGAGUAAGAAUGAAGUUAAGGACACAGGAGUGAAGCUUUUGUCUGUUGGACUAAAGAGUCUGUAUUGUGCACUGGAAAAUCUCAGUCUGUCAUGCUGUCUGAUCACAGAGGAAGGCUGUAGUUCUCUGGCCUCAGCUCUGAGCUCCAACCCCUCCUAUCUGAGAGAGCUGGACCUGAGCUACAAUCAUCCAGGUGACUCAGGAAUGAAGCUGCUGUCGGCUGGACUGAAGGAUCCAGGCUGGAGACUGGACACUCUCAGGUAUGGAGAAAAUGUCUGAUAGAGGAGGAAGAGCUGGAAUCAUUUGCUGUGUCCUUCACUCACUUCCUGUUUCUUUCCUGCAGAUGAGACAUGAACAAUCACACAUGCAGGAAUAUUUUCAGGGACAGACACACUAGUCUAGCUGGAUAGUACAUAGAUAUUUAUAUAGGGGGUCUCCGAGGAGUCUGUUUGCUGGGACAUUAAUGAUAACUGAUAAGUCAUGUUAAGAGUUUCAUUAAAAGUAGACCUACAGUUAGGUCCAUAAAUAUUUGGACAGAGACAACAUUUUGUAACUUUAGAAACACUUUAUUAGGUCACAGGUGUACUGCACCUGAGAUAGUGUACCUAUUAAAGUGUCAGCCAUGUGUAUGUUUCCCAUGCUGUAUGUUCACAGUCACAGUGACAGUCAGUGACACUGACAGAAAAAUGAAACAAGGCUGUGCAUCAUUUCAGUCUGUGUGUGUUACAAAGAGGCAGACAGGAGCAGCUAACAUUUGGAAAUGGAAGCUUAAAUACUGACAAACUCUACAUUCACAGCUGAAUUCACAAAAAAUUUGUUCCUAAAAAACAGAAUGAGAAUGAAAUUACGGAGCCCCACAGGGGACAUGGGAGGGAAAAAAAAUUAAGACGGACUUUUGCGAGAUCUCGCAAAACAA